AUGCCGAAGGCCAGUACUUCAAGUCAGAGAGCUGGCCCGUCACAAGUGCAAGAAAAAGUCAAGACGCAAACAGUUGACGUGGACAAGAAGGCAAAUGAACUGGUACAGUACCUACUUGUCAUGGAUCAGAGGAAAAUACCAGUUAAAAAGAAAGAUAUAAAUAAGAUGUUGGCAGAUGGCAGUAAAUCCUUCCCUGCUAUUCUGGCUAAAGCAUCGGAAAAACUAUCAGACAUAUUUGGCUUUCGCGUUGUGGAACUCGGAGACAAAUUAAAAGGGUCGUACAUUCUUGUGAAUGAACUUGCAUACACUGAUGAACAGAAACUGACUGUAUGGUCAGAGGAGGAGAGUGCAAAAAUGGGUCUUGUGUCUGUUAUUCUCAACAUUAUCUUCAUGAAUGGGAAUGUAAUAACUGAAGAUGACUUAUGGUACGCCCUGAAGAGACUUGGAAUAAGACAAGAGGAAACACAUGGGACAUUUGGCAAUGUGAGGAGCCUGAUUAUGGAGGAGUUUGUGAGGCAGGCAUACCUGGAAGUUGUCCCUCAGCCAAACACAGAUCCACCCAUCAAAAAUAUCUGCUGGGGUCAGAGAGCUAAAUAUGAGCUCACAAAAACAAAUGCUUUGGAUCUUGUGUGCCAG